CUAAAACCGCACAAUCAUCGAGUUUUAAACUGAUUUACUGCACGCUUAACAGUCUCGAAGCCAAUGAAAGUAUUCCACGCCUGACUGCAACUUGGCUUGUUUCGUUUUCUUUGAUUAAUUGUACCCAUUUUGCAUUGUUUGUACGAUCGGCUCAAUAUAAAGGUUCUCGUUUCGUGACGCGAAUAAUUCCAGCAUUCGUGCGACACAAAACACUGGAACGGUUAUAAUUAUCUUUGGUCUGACGUAGGUUGUUUUACACCCACGCAAUAGAAAUUGCAGCAAUAAAGAACGGCGUUUAGAGGGCAGGAGACAUUUUCUACGGUGACACCAUGAAGACACUGCUCACCGCAUCUGUUUCUGGAACUUUGCCGUCGAAGGACGGAAAAGACAAUGAGGUUAGUGGUUGAAAUAUUGUAAUAUCCAAGCCUUUUUGGUUGAUUGACCCGUACCUCGCCAAGCCACAAACACCAAUUCCCCCGAGAAAGUUUUAAAAUCGCUCAUCUUUAACAACAACGCGUAGGGUAACUAUAAACUGAUAAACCAAAACAUUGAGCUGUCCUUUAAUGGCGAGGUUAUUGUCAUCAGGUUGACAAACUAAGAAUCUUUUUGUUUUGUUUUGUUUUGUUUUUUUCUGUUGCUCUGCAAAAAAUGUUAGUAGUAGACAUCCCUGUAUUUGGAGAUAUAUUUUCGCAAACGAAACCAUUCAUUUUUAAGUAAUCAGAACAAGUUCCUUUACCCUGAGCGCUGCUGCAAGGUAAGGUAGUGCCUUUUAACAUUAGUUAGCGGAAACAGCUUUUGAUAUAUUUUCCCCAUUAAACCGGCGAAGUCGGAUGCUGCUGACUUACAUCAACUUAUACAAUUCUUUCAUGUCCUUUAGGCAUACAAAAUCACAGUCAUGUUCUCGGAUGGCAGCAAAACCCUGCUACGCAAAAAAUACGAAGAAUUUGUUGAUUUGCAGGUUUGUUUACUUCUCUAGCAGGUUUUUGUAUUUGAUUUCCGAGUACUUGCAUGAUAUUUAUUAACGGGCGAUUAUGCUAAAUCUUGAUCAUUGUUAAACACCUAGAAUUCAAUGCUUUUUAAUUGUUUGUUUAUUUUGAUUAUUUGAAAAAAAUCUCGUUACCUUCAGGAAGAAAACAGCUUAACGCAAUCUUUGCUCACUUAUUUCAUCGUUGCAAGCUUUACCUAGUAAUGUUAAUUGCUCACAUCAAAUCAAAGUUACUUGAACUGCAGAGAUAUCUAGUUCAGUCAGCCGUACAUAAGUUAUGCAAUAUACAGCUGUAUGAUAACAUCAUGCAACAUGCAACGUCAGUCAAUAGUCAACGAUAUAGCCAGCUUAGGUCUUUCUUAUGUACCUAUCUUAAAACAUUUCGCAUGUACUUAGGAAACUUGCUUAAAUGCAUGACGGAUUAGACCAGGGUUGAAAUGAAAUUUUUACGAUUGUUUCUUGGGGGCAUAGAACAAAGAAUGCAACACGUGCCAAGCAGUACAAUGUCCGGCAAGGGCCAAUCAGAAUGCGAGUCCAGCAGUAUCCAGGAUGUUUCUCACGUGAACCUCAUUUAACGUCGGACGUAGACUAGUUUUCGUAGCAAGCGUUUCCUUUGGGUUUCGGAGAAAAGAAAGACCAGGGAACGGGAUUUUCGGUUUUGGCCGCGCGAAAAAUGUAACGAGAGACAGAAAAUGAAAGAGGGCGAUGGGGAGGGGAAGGAAAGAAACCCUUACCUUUCGUCCCACCCCCUACCUGCUCUUUUACUCGCGCAAGUUUUCGCCCGGUCUUUGACUCUAGUUCCUCGUUCUUUGCUCCGAAACCGCACGUAAACUCUCGUUACGCAGGUUAGAUGCAGCAGCUAACGCCUUAAUGACGUUCGGCACAGACAAAUUUAAACUCUCUGUUUUGUUUGUUGUUGUUGUUGUUUUUUUACUACCAUGCGUACGUCUGACAUUACAUGUUAAACAACGGGCCCCUGUGGCUCAAUGGUAGCGGAGCAAUCAGAACUUCUCUGUUAAGAGAUCUCGGAUCAGUUUUUCUCGAAGUUGCCUGGGUCACUUAUUGAAGAAAUAUCAUUUUCAUGCUGUCCUAAGCUUGAACACAAACCCAGAAACAUUUCAAUGUUGCUUUCUACUAAAAUUUUUGUUUGUAUUAUUUUUCGUCUGACUCUCGUUUUCUAACUUCGCUAUUAGGGAAAACUAAAUGCAGCUUUACCGUCCUGGAACACUGCAAAAUGUGGACGCAUUUUGCUGUUUGGUCUUGCUGCCAGCUAAGCCUGUAACGCCACAAAAGUACCUGGACAUGUUUUGAACUUUAAUGUUGAGUGGGCUUUAUUCUUUUUAUCGAUUGUUUCCAAUUGUAGGUAACAGUUUAUGACUUAUUAAAGCAAAAAGGUGGCUAUUCGAGGAAGACGUCUCGGAGCCUUGUCUCCAGCUUACCAGGUAUGUAAGGUAACAGAUAGCUUGAAGGUUUACUAUGGGACAAUAACUUCAAACAGCAAUGACAAAAAAAAACACAAAGGCUCUAUGUCACACACGAACUGAUUGGCGGCUCAAUUAAUUGGGUACAAUUUCGGGGCGAAAGGUACGGAUUCGUUUUCCUACCGGCCAAAACUCAGAGUCUUAAGAAAACUGACGAAAAGAUACUGCCGUUAGUAUCACAUCUGCAAAUGGACUAUCAUAAGAGUCUAUCAACAUCAACACUUAAAUUGGAGGCCAGCUCUCUUGCGUUCGCCUCAACGAAAUGUGGUUGAAGCGUUCUAAAUGAAAUUAAGUACGGCAUGUCUAUUAAAUUCUAUUUUUUCCCUUGUGCGCGUGCGCGAUGUAACUGAAUCCUUAAGCUUCUUUUUUUUGCAGAACUCAAUUCGCCUCUCUCGAGAAUUAUGUUCAAGGACAAUGAUUUGAAGAAGAUGGGAAGAAUAGACGAGUUUAUGAGGGUAAAUAGUUUGGAUUAACGAUGAUGUUUAACUGUCUGGCUUAGUUUAAGGUGUUAGAAGGCACAUCAUUGCUCAUUUCGAAGAAGAAUAACUCAGUACACCUAGUUAUUUAGGAAGGCAUUUUACAUAGAGCCUGUGUGUGGUGGUCAUUUUUUGGACUGAGACAUAUAUGGCCCCAACGAUGUCUGACAGUCUAAAAAGGGCUUUGUAGCAUAACAGACAAUGAGGAACCAACAAAGUGCUUUAUUUUUCUAGGAAAUGUUGACCCUUCCAACUGUGGUAAGAGAAUCAGAAGCAGUCAUGAAAUUUUUUGGUGCCUUCAUGGAACAGCAAGAAACUUCUGAACGGUGAGGUUACAUUUAAUUAACAUCUGAUUUCACAGAUUAGAGCUAACCUAGGUAUAACUUGCCGAUAAAUUUUGCUAUACGUAGUCAACUCUCCUAGUUCUCUUAGUCAGCAUAAAGGACAGCGUAAUAUAACACUACUUCAAGUUUAUUCACACGUUCUUAGGCGGGAAAAGAUUGUUUGCUUGGCAAUGAGUUUAAGUUAUCCCUCUCUUGAACAAGCUGAUCCUUGGUAUUUCAAACAUGAUAAGACGCCUACAAGGCCAUAUAUUUGACUAGAUAAUUGCUAACGAGACAACUUUUUCUUUAUCAAUUUUCAUAUCUAGUAAUGAGUAUGAAGAGGAGUUAAAGAAGAGCCAUAAAGAGGCGGAAUUGCUAAGUGGUAUGUAAAACCUUCCUGAUUGUGUUAGAGAUCGAGAGAAAGAGAACCAAUCCACAGCAAGGUCGUUGCUCACAAGAAAAUGCGAUAAUAUCUCUUUAAUAGGUCGAGGCCUCUACACUAUACCUGGUAAGAGCCCAGUGCCAAGUCGAAAGAAAAUUGGAUACAACGAUCCGUCAUGGAUGCCGGAAGACAUGCAUUUACUUAGCAGAGAAAGUAGAGAGAAUCUGUUGAAACAACUUAAUGAAAGGCGUCCAAGUAAACCAUUACCUGGAACAGAGAGACCGGCUUCCACUGCGACUGGUUCUCCUAGACCAGGAUUGAGACAUAGGCCGUUCAGCGUUGCUGUUGGCGUUGCAGACAUAUUAAAGGAGACCGUAGAAAAUAAACCAGAAAAGGCACGUUCCCGUAGCACUGUCACUGCACCUGACUAUCAGUCUCUUGAGAUAGACAAGCAACAAUCAAACGGUAAUCAGAAUUCUCCGGGUGAUGAAAACUCUGGUGAAGUUGAACAAACUGAAUAUAAGCAGGAGGAACUUCGCACCAGAAAGAUAUCAACCCAAGACGGACGAAGAAGCCCGAAAAAGAUUAAGUAUGUGGCAGUUUCCUCAUUUGCUGCAGAGGAGGACGGUGAGGUGUCACUUGAAGGCGGAGAAGAGGUCGAUGUACUGCAGAAAGAGGCCAGCGGAUGGUGGUAUGUUAAGAACGAGCUUGGAGAGGGGUGGGCGCCGAGUGCUUACCUUAAACCAGUUCAGUUAUCCAGAUCGACAUCUCCGGUAAAUCUAGAGCAGUCCCAAGAUGUGGAGAGUCAAGAACAAUCCAUCCAAAUAGACGAACAAAGCAAUAUCGACAAAGAGGAACAAAAAAUUUCCAGUAUCCAAGAAAAUCAGAAGGUACUAAGAUUAACUGUUCAAAGAAUUUUUUUUUUACUUAUUUUAGAACAGCCUUUCCUUGUUUAGUAAAAAGACGCGUGUAGAGGACAAGAACAAUCAAGUCUGGAUUACGCCUAAUUAAGACGCCGCGCGGUUUUCUUUUACGUCAAUGUGGUUAAAACUUCCGUAAAAUGUAUUUAUUUCUCACUCAAAGCGGUUUUUUCUUCGCCAAAAAUGCAUAAAUUUAGUAUACCAUUGCUAACAAAUAAAGCAGCAUUACUCAAAAAUUGAAACGUUGAUACUUCAUUAUAUCUAAUUGACGUACCUGGCCUUAAAUUGAGUGAUUCUCCCUUAGCUUUUAUUUAUAUCUUUGGCAAUUAUGAACAAAGAUAUAAACAAACACAACUUACUUAAACGAGUAAACGAAGUAGACCUACAAUUAAAACGAAAAGUAUUCGCUGCUUAGUCACGAAAUGGUAAUGAUCUCGCCGUGUGGGGGUUGAUUGUUUCGUUGGCAAAUAUGCUGAUAAGAUAGCGAGUUAUUAUAUUGCAUUUAAGGAAUAAAUGAUAAAUAUCAAAGGACAAAGCAGAGAACACAGUCACGAAAUUGAUGGUUUGUUCUCUCUUAAGGUUCGACCGUUAAUGCUAUGAAACUUCUAGGUCAUGUCAAACCAGAAGUGAAUAAAGAAGUAGAUUGGGCCAGAUUUUCAGCAUAAUAAAGUGUUAAUUUGAUAACAUGCCUAUUGCGGAAAAUGAUAUUUUAGUGGCUUACUAAUUGCUGAUACUAGUCGCCAUAGUGUCAUUAAAAAAAAAACCAAAUAAACAAAGCAUCUUAAUAACUAUCACACCAUGGCCAUCAUGAGAUUGCAAACGAAAAUUAUUUGCUGGUUGACGCCAUUUCCUUUUUGAUUAAGCCAUUUGCGGUAAGCGGCGAGGUAGGUGUCUAUUCAUAAAAAAAUAACAAAUGUUCUUCUUCUCUCACAUAGUCUUUGAAUCGAAGCAGUGAAGAAGGGACGCAGAAGGUAUCAGGCGAAAUGAAUCGUCGCGUCAAGUUUUUGAUGGUUGAAGGAAUCCAAAAGAGAAAAAAUCCAGAUAAAAAUUACGUAAGUACUGGCAAGUGUUUACCACCAGAAUCGUAUCGAUUUUCCAAGAUUAUCUCCAUCCUUGGUUUUUCAAAAAGUAAUCAAAUAAAAGUACUCUCUAUUCAUGUGUCAGAAUGAUUCGAAAUGCUAAAAAAGAUAGGGUACAAACCUAACUAAUUCAGUUUCUUAAUUAGAAGGCCGGACUUACUUUGAUUUUUGUUUUUAGGUUUAUAUUCUAAAGGUUGUAUGGUCAGAUGGGGCUAUCAACAUCAUAUACAGACAAUGUAGCGACUUCUUCUUUCUACAGGUAAAAUCAUCUUUAGAUGUUUUUUCAUGCAGUCCCUUUUCAAAAGAAGCCACCGUUGCGUGUUUUUCCACGAGAACGUUAUGUACGCGGAGAAAGUAUUCUAAACCGACAAGUUUCUCAUGGUCAUGUAAUUCAUUAAAAAUACCGAGAAAACACAUCAAAACCAAUACUACGGCGGUUUGCGUUUAUAAAGCCCCGGCUGCCUCCAACCUCCACAAGUUAACAAUAUCAUUACUAAAAAAUAUUUGCAAAUAUAAAUUGAUCUUUCUUAUCUGCAUCGUUUCUCAUUGAAUCACUCUCAAGACCUGUAUGAUUAACGAAAUUUGAAGAAAAAAAUUUGCAUUGAUGUUCAAAUAUCCAAUAGCUUUUAUUAAAAAAUGGAAUUGAAGAAAAGAAUUAAUAAUAAAAUGCUUAUUAAGCUCAUUUCUGUCCCCAAUGCGCUUUACAUCAUGAUGAGAAAAAGAGAAAAGUAAGAAAAAUCUCUAGCCUCACUUUAACUUAAGACGUCCCUAAAGUUAUAGAAUGUACCUACACAAUAUUAUUCUUCCCUUAGGAAAGUCUCAAGAAAGAAUUCCCAUCUGCCAUUGGAAAAGAAAUCCCAGUGCUUAAAGGUGAGAAUUGGUAUUGCAACAAAAAGAUCAAAAAUUGACUGUUGAAAGAUUAACGUAAACUUGAAGUAUUAAUAUUUUGUUUCCAUUUGUUUUUUAGGAAGGAAAUUUACAGAAAAUUGUCAGUUUUGCUUUAAGGAUGGAACAUGCAAAAGAAGGCAAUUCAUGAAUCAAUUUUGCCACGUAAGUCGUUUAAAUGAGUCAGCACCUGCAGACCCUUGAAAUCGGCAAGACAAAUUUUUUGUGUAUUUAUUUUCAAGGUGGUUUCUGAUUGGUUUAAAUUUCUUUUCUAUUUUUGAUUAGGAACUUGUCAACUCACCUGACAAAAUUUCUAAGUGUCAAGCUGUCAUGCAUUUCUGCAAGCCUCGUUCUAGUGACGUGCUUCCUCAUGGAACGUAAGUAACAUUCGUUAUAUGAUUUCACCAACCUAAGAAAGACACUAAAUUCUACCACAAGCUUUAUUUUUAGAAGAACUCCCACCAGACAAAAACCGUAGGAGUGGAGCGCUUAACUCACACAAAGAAAGAUCUGAAAUGUAAUGAGCAAGCCAUUUUUAGCACAAAGGCAAAGUUGUUAGACUAGAUCAUAAUUAUUAAAUUUCUGAAGAUUUAUAAUUCAUUCUUGCUUCUUUCUCAGAAAUGAAAAGGCCACUUCCAAGAACAAAGAAGGUGAGUCAGAUCUAAGUGAUUUUUAGUUGUUUUAUUCGAUCAAAAUUUGGAUAGCCUCUAUAUUCAAGUAUCCAUAAAAACGAAAAGGAAAUAACAGUAUCUCCGUAUUGCAGGUGACGGCAGCGACAGUGUUUCCAUAUCAGGACCUGUGGUAUUUGAACAGUAUAUAGUCAUUGCUGACUACCAAAAGAAGAACAGGAACGAUAUUUCUCUGACUGCUGGAGACACCGUUGACGUCGUCGAAAGAAAUGAAUUAGGUGAGAAUGCCGCAAACACCAUUAACAAUUUUUAACAUGGAAAACGUUACUUUUGACGAGUUCUUCCAACACACUUGAAUUCUAAUAUCACGGAAUUAUUUGCAUUUACUUUUGAUGAGUGGGUUUCCGAAGUGGUUUUGCCUAUUGUUAGAAGGGGGUGUUUACUCUAAGUUCAUACUUGCAAUGCCCCCACGCUUACUGUUAAGCCAAAAAUCACAGAAAAGCACCGUCCCAGGAUUUCAGCACAAUGGCUUUAAAUAAUAAUCAUCUUAACGUAAAAUUGCUUUUUGCCAAUAACAAAGUGCGCAAUAAAAUUUUAUCCGGCAAUGUUAAAUAACCAUACUGCAGGUUAAAAACUUUAUUGGCGUGAAGUGCUAGCUGCCUAUCUGUGCUUCAGUAUUUCGUAGUUUUCAAAACUCAGCGUUUACUAUAUCUCCUUAAACCAUGCAGGUUACAUCAUAACAACUAUUUGAACCUUUUUUUAAGGUUGGUGGUUAGUUGACCGUGAAGGCGAGUUAGGCUGGGCUCCUGCUUCACAUCUGGAGCCUACUGAUGAUGGGGCAGAGAUCACUUCCUCCAAAACCUACGCACCUGGUCAAGGUAAGCCGAUUGCACAUAAAUUUUGAAUCAGGAACACGGAUUUUUUACAUGUUUGAACCAAACCAUACAACAGGUGAGUAUUGGCAAGAGUCUUCUGUGAAGCGAAACCCUACUGUAUUCACUAACAAGACCACCGCCUUAUUACACCACCUGUGAACAAAGGGCCACUUAUUCAUUUUCUCAACAGAAACCUCUUCAACACGACCACGUCGUCAAUGCGAAGAGAUUCGAUUGCCCUUAGGUGGUUCAAAUAACGGCGUGUUAUUGUACUAAUUAUCAAAUAGAUUACUGGAGACAUUCAUGUUUAUUUUCAUCUUCUGCAGAGGAGGUGUACCAAUCUGUGCAGAGCUUCAAAGCAAGAGCUGAAGAUGAACUCUCUUUCGAUGUUGGUGUUAUGUUGAAAGUUGUGGAAAAAACUUUGGAUGGAUGGUGGCUCGUCAGGUACACGAAAAUAAAAUUUCCUCUAACGUUUCCUCCACAGUAAAACAUCUUUGAGCAGUUCCAUUUUGCCCACAUAGGAGUAGAGUAGGAACUAACCUGGCAGUAUUUUCGGUUUCCGUAUUUUCUGAGUGUUGAGAAAUUUGCUCCUUACCAAACAAACCCUCAAUUUGCAGAAGUCUUAGUCACCUGGACUGUCUUUGCCAAUCCGGCAUGGUUGGCCUUACUGUAGCCAAAAACCCCGCUGUCAUAGUCCGGAGACACGCAGGCUCCAUCAACAUGAUCGUCAAUGAGACGAUCCCUGGGUGCAAAAAAGUAGAGCAUAGCUAAUAGUUAUUCAAAUAUGUGUACUCCUCGCUUAUGUCACUUUACGUUCUUUUCUUCGUUUUAGUUAUCGGGGCGACCAAGGGUGGGCGCCUGCCAUGUUUCUGAGAAAAGUAUCUGGAGGUGAUUCCUCCCCUACAUCCAAUGGAAAAAUGGACGUAUUGGAUAUCGUUUCCUUUAAUGGAGGUAAAUUAUGACAAUUUACGAUUCUUAGAUUCAUUUCUCCAACCUGAUAUUAGUCUGUUAUUAUCCAAAUAGUUACAUUUAGGUAAGGAUCUUACCAAUUUCAAAAGUGACAGAAAUUGAGCUAUUAUAUCAGUAACCGAAUGAGGUGUCCUUGGUUCAAUUUUCGCGAGGCACGGUACCCUAAGAUGGGUCUGAGGACGUCAGUAUUUUUAAGUAAUGACGUUCCAGUAGAAGUAAAGAAAUCCUGCGAAAGUUACACUGAAUAUCAUGUUCUAAUUCCUUUUGAUAUGAGAUCAUAUCAGUUCAAUGACUUACCUGUAUAUCUUUAAAUCAAUUACAGAUUCUGAAGAUGCCGAUGGAAAGCCAAUCAUGAGGACACCUCCCGCAAGGCGGAGCACGGUAAGAGGUCUUUCAAGGGCCAAUUAUUAUCAAGCACAAGAGAAAAUGUUUCACCUGUUUUUUCAACACCGUCAAGUCGCGUGAACCAACGAAGGUACAGGCGCGUUUUGAAAUCGCGACUCAAAGCUGUCUGGAUAUCAGAUGAAACACUUGUCGACUGUUUGAUAUGGUUUCUGAUAUAUAUUAAGCAAUAAUUCCUGAAGAAAUUUAAAUAUCGCUUUUCAAGGCCUUUACGAUCAGUAUCGUUGCUUUUGAUCAGUACAAGACCUUGAGCGUAUAUGCCACUGCUUAAAAUAAGACUGCUAAGGGUCCUUUUUCACUUCAGUGGAGAAAGCUGUCACCGUGAGACUAGAGCGAACAAAUGAGCAGAGAAAGAUGCUUGCAAGCGCGACAAACCUGCUCGUUGUUAGCACUUUAGCUACGAAAUGUCGACGAGUGGUAAAAUAUUUUUUUACUUUUAUCCAUUUUAGGUUAAGCGUACAGUCAGAAAAAAACCGAAGAGAAAUUCCAAUCCUGAAAUCCAUGAAACAACGAUACCAGAAGAUCAAGAGCCCUACACAACAGAAAAGAAAGAUCGCGCGAUAUCAGUACCAGCAAGACCAAUGACACCAACUGUUACAAAGAGAAUGCCACCACGUUCAAAAUCAAAUCCCUCUCCUCGACCCGCCUCAGGGGAGAUCCCGCAAUGGGCACAGCAUCAGACGUCUUUGGACUUAUCCAGCGGAUAUGGAACAUCUCCAAGCGGCAGUCUUUCGUCUCUUGCAUCUGAAGUUUUUACGCCUGAGGAAAAUUCUCCCCCUAUCAAAAAAUGUGCGACACUUCCUCGAUUCGAUCAUAUUGAAGACAAAGUAGUGCAGUCAGCUCCUUCUCCAACUAUACCUCGCUCACAAUCUGUUACAUCAAUGGCACAAUAUAAGAAGGAAAUGGAGGCAGCCGUGAAUGGUAGGCUACAGCCAAGCGGAAAGUCUUCAGGCCGAAGCAGCCCAAUUCUAGCACCGAGGAAGAUUUCCGCAACUAACAGACGAAGUCCAUUGGCAGGGUCACCACCACGAAUUCACGACCUCAGAACAUCGCACAGAGAAUCUGGCUCAGAUAUAGACUAUGAAAAUGGUUCAGAUUAUCGCAAUGACUUAGAUUCACCAAGGUAUCAAGUAAGCAGUAGCCAAAAUCGAAAAUCUAGUUCGCUUUACAGAGCUAUGUAUGCAUAUAUAGCUCAAGAAGACGGAGAAGCAACCUUUGAAGAAGGAGACUUGGUGGAGGUUCUUCAACGAAGCAGCAACGGCUGGUAUCUCCUAAACACAGAAAGUGGACUAGGAUGGGGUCCUUCAAAUUUCCUACAGACUGUAGAAAAUUAAACCUAAUCUACUGAAGAAAAUGACUGCAGUAACAGCAAGGUCCUUACAUGAUACUGCAAAACUAUUUUUGUUGUUUUGAUUCAAUUUUGAAAUUACAAACACUGAAAAACUCGUGUCCUAUGAUAAAUAAAUGCAGCAGCUUUAAUUGCUAGAUAUGUCGUUUUGCAUAACAAAAUUGAAGCGCGUCGCUCCAUUUGUUAAGUUUGAUCUAUUUAGAAAAAAAUGUGCGAAAAUCUCAUGCGAUCGAGAGGAUAUAAGAUCUAGGAAAAGGCUUGCAAAUAUACUCACUUUCCUAGUCGGCUAUCUAAAACUUCUAAACGAUGUCCAAAGUCCACUUUGCUGUUUACAUUCAAGACAAAGCUCCGCUUAGAAUUAUAGACCCCUCAAGAAAGACAUACUCCUCUGUAAUGCAGAUAAAAGGACAGAUACCCUGUCUUGAGGGAGUCAAUUGGUCGUAUUCAGUGAAUAGGAGACUAUACUUUUUACAAACAUUGUUUUUGUCGUUCAAGUAAGUAUCGAGUGAAACAAAAGAAUCUUUCGUUAAAAGAAUCAAUGUGCUUCUGGUUGGCACAUUAAUAUCAGUAGGUGACGUCAGUGUGUGUAUCGCCAUACGGCAAUAGUAAGAAAUCUAUAAUUUACCGAAAGAGAUUAGGUACCAUUGUAGUAAACCAAUGCGAGAAUUUCCGAGUCAGGAAAUUUGUAUAUAGAUUUAUAUUUUAACAAUUGAGUAAGAGGAGAAUGAAAAUCAGUGUACAGUUGUCUUUAAAUGUUCCUUAAAUUAAAAGAUUACAGAAAUAGAAAUAGAAGAAAAAGAACACCAAAAAAAGUUGAUAUUAUAGACGAAGUAACGACUGACUAAUCAAACCAUGUUUUCAGGUACUAUAUGAAGUUAACGACAAUGUCCAACUCAAAACUACGUGAGGACAAAGCGAUUUGAUUUAAAAUACUAUACAUUAUAUAAUUAAGUAAAGUUAUUUUUAUCUCAUUUACAAACAUGCAGCUAUAUAUCGUAUAUCCUAUGUAGAUCUUGUACGCAUCUGGUUAACUGACAUAUGGUCAAAAUAAUAAAGAAAAUCAAAAACAGAUUCCUGAUUUCUGAGUAGCCUGUU